CGACUGGCAACAAGCGGAGGUUCUCUGACUGACAAAUGACUGGAGUGCUCUCUGGAGCGGAGCGGCGACCCCGGGACCCCCGUGUCUGCGCAGUCUGCGGCUCCGCGCCGUCUCCUUCACGGAACUCUGCGGUGCGUCGGUGCGCGUCAAACUUCUGCCGAGGAAAAGAGUUCUCGAGUAGAGCCGAGGCUUCAAACUUCUCCCGGCUCAGGAAGGAAAGUGACUGGAUGACUCUGCCAAAGUGGCGUCCGACUCCCCUCCAUUAACCAGAGGCCCUGCUGUCGCUCAUACGUCCCUGAGUUUUAAGAAAUCUUCCAGAGGAUUGACUUUUCAGCUUUGGUGAGGACUUUCCCGAGCCUUCACUUUCGCCCGUCGGCCUGCAACGGACCCCGGGGGUGCUCCGUCGUGAUGGCUACCAACAGGGAGCAGCAGGUGGGUCACAUGACCGGCUUUCCACCUGCUGUUUACCCGUUCCCCUUCAACUCCAUGCGAAGCCACUCCCCCUUCGACCUGCUGGCCAACAGCAGCCUGUUUGGGCGGUUCGGGGCCGACCUGCCCAAGGAGAUGGCUGCUCUCUCGGUGGAGACCCAGAGCACCAGCUCGGAGGAGAUGGUACCCAGUUCUCCAUCUCCACCUCCCCCACCUCGUGUCUACAAGCCCUGUUUCGUGUGCCAGGAUAAGUCCUCAGGGUACCACUACGGGGUCAGUUCCUGCGAGGGAUGCAAGGGCUUCUUCCGUCGCAGUAUCCAGAAGAACAUGGUGUACACCUGCCACCGAGACAAGAACUGUCAGAUUAACAAGGUCACACGCAACCGCUGCCAGUACUGCAGGCUCCAGAAGUGCUUCGAGGUCGGCAUGUCCAAGGAAGCCGUGCGUAAUGACAGAAACAAGAAGAAGAAGGACGUGAAGGAGGAGGUGGUGCUUCCCGAGAGCUACGAGCUGAGCGGAGAGCUGGAGGAGCUGGUCAACAAAGUCAGCAAAGCUCACCAAGAAACCUUCCCCUCACUUUGCCAGCUGGGCAAAUACACCACCAACUCCAGCUCAGACCACCGUGUCCAGCUGGAUCUGGGACUAUGGGACAAGUUCAGUGAGCUCUCCACCAAAUGCAUCAUCAAGAUUGUCGAGUUUGCCAAGCGGCUGCCGGGUUUCACCACCCUCACCAUCGCUGACCAAAUCACCCUGCUCAAGUCGGCCUGCCUGGACAUUCUGAUGCUGAGAAUCUGCACACGCUACACGCCAGAACAAGACACUAUGACCUUCUCAGACGGCCUGACCCUCAACCGCACUCAGAUGCACAACGCCGGAUUCGGACCUCUCACAGACCUGGUGUUUGCCUUUGCUGGUCAGCUUCUCCCCCUGGAGAUGGACGACACAGAAACUGGCCUCCUCAGCGCCAUCUGCCUCAUUUGUGGAGAUCGCAUGGAUCUAGAAGAGCCCCAGAAAGUGGACAAGCUGCAGGAGCCUCUGCUCGAAGCGCUCAAGAUCUACGCUCGGCGCCGCCGCCCCAACAAACCUCAUAUGUUCCCUCGCAUGCUGAUGAAGAUCACAGAUCUAAGAGGAAUUAGUACGAAAGGUGCAGAGCGGGCCAUCACUCUGAAGAUGGAGAUCCCGGGGCCGAUGCCCCCGCUGAUCAGGGAGAUGCUGGAGAACCCAGAGGCCUUCGACGACCAAACAGAGAGCAACGACAGUCCGCCGCCUCCCCCUCCGCCGCCGCCGCCUCCCCCGCCUGCCGUGGUGGUGAAGCAGGAGGCCGAGGACGAGGACGACAGCUGGGCGACGGAGAACGGCAGCGAGCCGUCGCCGGAGGAGGAGGACGAAGACGACGACGACGACGUCGGAGACGAGGAGCGAGACAGAGGCUCAGACAGUGACGGGGAGCCGUGGGGGGGGCUGGAUAACGUAGAUGGCUCGAGGAAAGGCCUGGUUGGGAGGGCGCAGUAAAAAUGACCUUUAAAGCCUAAACACACAUACAGUUUUUACACAUGCAGAAAUACACACAAUCAUACAACACAACCUCAUUCACUGCUCCACCUCAUGAAAAUGCUGGCCUUCACCCCCGCCCGCCCCCCCCCCUCCUCGCUCCUUGCUGCACAUCAUUGUGUCCUCCUCAGCGGAGCACAGCAGAGCCUUAAGUGUACAGACACUUCUAACUCAGGCCACAUGGUCCUUGACAAGUGAACUGCAGAAGGCCGAGGAGAGACGACUGUAAAGCGUGUGAACUCCCGGCGAAGCCGCCAGAGGACUUGACGUGACAAAAAGAACAUAACCUCUUUGAGAAAGCUUAAAUGUUUCUCCUUUUUUUUCCCACUAUUGUUGUUUAUAUCUGAAUAGGGGAACGUCCCAUCCGACGGCAGAACUGAACCGCCGCGUCGGAUGGAUUACAACAAGCACAUUUCUCAAAACAAAACAAGAGUAUGCUACAGGGCAAACCAAAAUGAGUAUGCUAAUCUUUUGUUUUUGUGGUUAUUGCUUUUGAUUAUUGUUUUUUUUUUUCCUUUUUCAGUUUAUGAAUAAGUCCAUACAUAUCUAUAUCCCAUUAUAUUUUGUCUUUUAUUUGUUAUUCUGGUUUUAUAUAUGAACUCUUUUAGAAGUUUUUUUUUUUUUUCUCUUUGAAGAGCUUUCCUGAGAAGAUAUUCAUAAGGAAAGAAGGGUAAUCAGAACUGGCUGGGUCUUCCUUAUCAGCUACAUAUGCUUAGCUCGAGCUUCUUGGAGCACUUUGGCUCACUGUGGAUGUCAGUGAUAAUCAACCCAGACGACUAUUGUUAUGUUGCAGUGACUUAAUCAGUUUCUGUUAUCAGGGAAUUGGCAUUAUUCUGUUUUGCUGUCGUUGCAGCCAACACAUGCUGUCAAUGCAGGAAGUAAGUAACUUUGUGCCAAAGUUAGGAAAAGUCAUCUUUGGAGCACUAGUUUGACUACUGGCAGGGACUCCAGCUACAAUCCAGCAGAUCCUCACUGCAGAGUGCUCAGUCACACAUGCACUAAAACACACCUUUAGUCUCACGCACAGUGUGAAAGCAUAGGACAGACACACACACACACACACUCAUUUUAAACUCUAUGCUCGGUGGUAGCAGGUGUGCCAGAACAGAGAUUUACACUUGACCGUAUAUGUAGCACUUUUGUGAUCCUCUAUUCAAGUAAGGCACAUCUGGUCUGUUAAGAGUGGAGCUACUGCCUGUUUGCAUAUUUCUCUGUCAGCAUGUCGUCGCUGGUGACGGCACCGACAUGCUGAAUACAAUCAACCUCCGAGCACUCCUGGAUGAUGUCAGUAGAUCAAGCCGCCAUUCAACACGGGCAAAAAAAAAAACAAAAACAUCCACACAUAGUAGAAUUACGUGCAUCCGUAAAAUUAUUAAAGACAUAUGCAAGCCGAAAGCAGGAAUCCUUAUGGAAGACAUUUUGGAAUCAGACUCAGGGCUUUUCAGUAAGGACCAAACCCUAGCUGCUUUCUCGCACGCUAGAAACAGGCAAUAUUUAUGUGUGUGUUCAUGACUAUGUGUGGAUUCUCAACCCCUCUGUGUGUACAGAGAAGGUGACAAGUCUGAAAAUAGCAUGGAUGCCAGCCUGAGUUUCCAGAGGGUGGGAUGGACUGUCAUGGUCUUCAUCAGCAUCAAACAACAACAACAGCAACACUGCCCCGCCUGUAUUUGUGCUGGCAUCCAUGCAGAACUGCCUUCUCAUCACGAAAAGCCAUUAUUUCAUCUUGUCUUCUUGUGUAUAUUCUCACUUCUUUUCAGAGAAGAAAGGAGGGUCAUGUGUUCUCGUGUAUCAUUUCUUUAUUGCCAAAACGUCACAGUGGGCGGUCAGCUGGGGAUGCGCAGCUGAAACAGUACAGAGGUUUUCUCUCUCUCUCUCUCUUUGAAGCAAUAUGGACAUUCUUUCUGUAGCAGUGAGAGGACCCAUCUUCUCAACAUGGGCAGGUCUCCUCAUUUUUGUGUGUGCUUGCGUGUGUGUGUGUGUGUGUGUGUGCGCGCGCGUGUGAAUGAAUGCUCGGACAUGUUUUCAGUUGUCGGGUGGAUGUCCUCAGCAUGGUGCUGUCACACAGACGCUCUUGUGUGAAGACCUCAUCUAUUCUCUCUCUGCUGGGCUGUCAUGACGUUAGUGAUGGUAACGCAGGCUGAACGUUGAGAUUAUGUUGUCUGUUUUUUUUUUUUUUGUUUUGUUUUGUUUUUUUUUUCCAACCUCGCUAAGGUGUUGUCUACCUUCUGUUUAUGUCAACUCUUGUCAUACAAAAAAGCCAUAUAAACAGUAAGAGGCACAAUAAACUACUUUUGUGAGA